AUGCCACGCUUCUUGAACACCUCGACGGGCGAAUUCGAGUGGCACAAUCGUCUGGAAGGGAUCGUUUAUGCCAUUCUGUCGCAUACCUGGCGAUCCGAGAAGGGGGGCGGCGAGCAGUCCUACGACGCCAGGUCUCCGCCCUCGUGUAUUCUCUCUCAUCCAAAGAUCUCAGACAAGAUCAAGGGCGUCUGCAAGGUCGCGCGCGAGGCCGGUAUCCGGCUCGUAUGGAACGAUGCAUGCUGCAUCGACAAAUCGAGCAGCGCCGAGCUCUCCGAGGCGAUCAACUCGAUGUACGAGCUCUAUCGGCUCUCACAAGUGUGCUAUGUCUACCUCGAGGAUGUUUCCGACGACGAUGAUCCCGGAGACCAAGACUCGCGCUUCAGGCGGAGUAGAUGGCACACGCGCGGUUGGACCCUGCAGGAGCUCAUCGCACCGGAGGCCGUCGAGUUCCUCACGAAGACGUGGCGCUUGCUAGGCACGAAGAUGGGGCUCGCCGUGACGCUGGAGGAGAUCACUGGGAUCGACUUCAAGAUUCUCACAGGCCAGGCCACUGUGUACUCCGCUAGCGUCGCGCGGAGGUUGUCAUGGGCUUCGUUGCGAGAGACAACGCGCAUCGAGGACCGGGCGUACUCUCUCAUGGGCAUCUUCGGCAUCCACAUGUCUCCUAUCUAUGGCGAGGGCGACAACGCGUUUCUCCGUCUCCAGGAGGAGAUCGUCAGGACCAUCCCCGAUCAAAGCAUCUUCGCAUGG